AUGUCCUCCAAUUUGUCAACGUCCGCUUUGCCAGCGGAGAUGUCACGUCCCGAGAGUGACGAUCCAUCUGAAAAGACAUCUUCGACCAUUGACCCCCCUAACGCGAUCCCGUACACAACGGAGGGUGAGGGCAUCCUUAGAACGCUCUCGAUCGAUCCUCGGCGCAGCAUCGGUGCAAGUAUUAGCGCUUCUUUUCAAUCCCGUAACCCUCCUCCAUCUACUGAGGCGGGGACUGCUCAGACAGACUCGGAUGUAGCGACACGCAUCAACGAUAGCGGUGAAACCGGUGACCGUGGAGAUCGGACAAGAUUCUUGGAAGAACACCGCGAACGGAUACGACGUGAACGGGACGAAACAGACGGAGAUAGCCGGUACACGGUCGUAGUCAAAUAA